UUAAAGCAAUCAUCGAAUUAUUUUUUCUGUGAAGCCAACACUGGUAAAUGUAAAAACACCUCGUGAAAUUUUGUUAAUCUUAUCAAGGGGAAGUUAAAACAUAGGACUAAAUACAACUAGAUAACUGGCGUUCGUGCAAAUUUCUCAAUAUGGCUCACAUUCGUCGAAUACUUGGUUCUAUGACUUUUGGUGGUCCAAUUAAUGAGGCUCAAGCACACCAGUUGUUAAAAGAGUGGGUUAAACAUGGAUAUGCAGAGGUGGACACUGCCAUUGUAUAUCAUGAAGGCAAGUCAGAGAGGAUCAUGGGUAAAUUACAUCUAUGUAGAGAUCCCCAAAAGAUCAAGAUAGCUUGCAAAGCAAACCCGAAAAAAGGUUUCUCGGCUGAGCAAGUCAUUGAUCAGCUUAACCAAUCACUAGCCGCGCUGCAAGUGUCAUCAGUGGACAUAUUUUAUCUUCAUCUUCCUGAUCAUACAAUACCCAUUGAAGAAACCUUAAAAGGCGUUCAGAAAUUAUAUAAAGAAGGAAAAUUUAAAGAGUUUGGAUUAUCUAACUUUGCAUCUUGGGAAGUGAUUGAUAUCUACCACAUUUGUAAACAAAAUGAAUACGUCGUUCCAACUGUCUAUCAAGGAAUGUACAAUGCGUUGACAAGAGAUAUCGAAGUGGAGUUAAUUCCAUCGUUACGUAGAUAUGGAAUCAGGUUUUACUGUUAUAAUCCACUAGCAGGUGGUCUACUGACUGGAAAGUAUGAUUUCAGCGCCAGUGAAGAAUAUCAACCGAAGGGAAGAUUUUUUGCAUCAAAUACCAAAGGAUGGGCAAAUGCAAGAACAAAAAGUUACAUGGAUCGAUAUUGGAGGGAAAGUUACAAAGCUGGUGUCACUCAUGUAAAAAAAGUUCUCAAGGAGACAUACGGCAAUGAUGUAUCUUUGCUUGAAGCAUCCAUGCGUUGGUUACAUCAUCAUUCUAAAUUGAACGACAAUGAUGGGAUUAUACUUGGAUGUUCCAAACCUGAACAUUUUCAAAUGAACAUUGAUGCUUGUAAUGGUGAUGCGUUGCAUCAAAAUGUUGUUGACGCUUUUGAUCAUGCUUGGGAUGGAAUUAAAUCUAAGUGUCCGAAGUAUAAUCGAUGAGCUUGGUGCGAGAAUAUGCGAACUGGUUGUGUUGAAUAUAUUGGCUAAAUUAUUUUUGCAACGCUGAGGCCAAAAAGAGAAACAGUACAUAUGACUCAGAAUUUUGUUGGAAUUAAAUUUGUCGUCUAAGUUAAACCCUUUGAUAGGUCGGGAAAUUAUACUUUCAAAUAGACGAAAAACACUAUAUGUUUUUUUUAAGAAUACGCAAUCGGGCACUGUACUGUAUUGUCUGAACUCGUCUUUGUGUAAUAACAACUUUAUGUUUAGCGCUGUUCUACUAAAGCUAAAACUUUAAAGGCAACUUAAGUUUUUAAUUUAUUUCUUCAAUAAGCAUAAGUUAAGCUUGCUUUGACCCUAUUAGCACCCGGGGGCAUAAGUGCCCGCGGCUUCUUCGACUUGCAUAACUUUUAUUGGCAUGUAAUUAAGUGCUAAAGUUUUUUACCUUUUCUUUAAUAUUUUGAGGAGCAGUAAUGAAAAAAAAAUAUUGCAUUU